GCCGUAGGGCUGCCGCUCCCCGGGGCUGCGCCGCUAGACACUUCCUCCUUGCGCUGGCACCGCCGGGCAGCCUGCUCCGCCGGCCCCGAGCCGGAGCAGAUGCUCAGCUGCUGUGGAGCCGAGAGGAGGAGGCCUAGCACCCUCGCUGGGGGCUGAGCCGGGCUUUGGCGCUGCCCUAGCCAAGCAGAAAACCCGGCUUCCUGCGUGCAAAACGCGGAACAAACCUCACACCGCCUUGGGCAGCUGAACUGCAGUGACAGGCAAGUGCUGAGGAGCCUGGCACAGCCCCGUGCGCCCGCUCUUGCUCACGGGGCUUGGACCCCAGUGGGGGAGAGGGUCGGUGAGCACCGUGGGGGUCCACGCUGUCUCCUUUCUCCCAUUUUUGAAUAUGAAACCUUCCCAAGUGUUGCGUCUGGCAAAGUCCGGCUGUGGGAAAGGCUCCGGUUGUUUCUGUGAUGCGACUUCAGACCUCAGCGCACAGGGGACCUCGUCAGGCUGGACUGCCGCUGCGAGCCAGCUAUCCAAAGUCAGUCACUGAACCCGAAGCAUCGCUUGAGUUGCUUCUAGGAGGAUUGUCUGCCGGCUGCAUUUCUGGUGGUCGCUCCUCGUUAGAUCCUGUAAAGCUAACUGCUGGAGCACGGCAGUAAAGGGAUUUUGAACCCCUGAGCUACCAUCAGCCUUUUAAAUCGACAUGUAAGAAACUAACCUUUCAAACUGGACAAACUACAUUUAAUCCGGAUACAUGCUACAGAUUAAGGACAAUCCUUCCCUCUCUGCAAAGAAAAGUGAACUAGGGCCAUGUUGCACUGGAGGAGGGGCAGAAUAUUAUUUGCAAGAGCAGCAGUUAUGAGCUGACCCAUAAGGAUGCUCCAGGGCAGAGUGAAGCUAAUAGUAACUGGAGAUGACUUUGGCUAUUGCCCAUGGAGGAACCAAGGCAUCGUGGAGUGUUUUCUAGCUGGAGCAGUUUCCAACGUUUCUCUUCUGGUCAAUGGCAGUGCUGCAACAGAUGCAGCACAGCUGGCAAGGAGGCAUAACAUCCCAAUUGGCCUGCAUGCCAACCUCUCUGAGGGCUCCCCAGUCUGCGAAGUGCUCAAGAACAACUCCUCUCUGCUCAACGAGGACGGGUUCUUCCACGGAAAGAUGGGGUUCCGGAUGGCUCUAGCAAAAGGCCUCCUGAAGAUGUCAGAGGUGAAACAGGAGCUAAUGGCACAGCUUGACCUGUUCCGUGAACUGACGGGUCACAUACCACACCACAUGGAUGGACACCAGCAUGUCCAUGUUCUUCCAGAGGUCAGGCACGUGUUCGCUCAGGUAUUAGAAGAAUACGGCAUCAAGUACACACGUGUUCCGAUAGAACCAGGCCUUCACAGCUGUGACUGGAUAGAGCCACCACUGAUGGAUUUUUAUCUGGGAGUAGAACAGGAUUCCUUUAACACGGUCAAUGUGUUUACAAGGCAUGGAAUAAGAUGGCCUGACAUUUACAUUGGUUUGAGUACCAUGGGCAAGAACAUGUCUGUCAAUAACAUUCAGAGUGCCAUCAAUACUGUCCUAGCAGCUUUCACUGCCAAGGAAAGCCCAUCUGCUGAUGCCAGGCCAUUUUCACAUCAAGAUGAACAAAGCAGAACAGUAACCAUUGAGCUGAUGGUACAUCCAGGGUACCCCAGCAUCCCUCCUGUUGGAGGUUGUGGAGAAGGACCAGAUGAUUUUUCACAGUCAUGGGAACGCUUGCACGAACUCCAGACUUUAAUGAAUCCUGAGUUACAAAGCUAUUACAAAACAAGAAACAUUGAGCUUUGUGCAUUUAAAGAUCUUUAAGCAAAUGAGAACAUACAGAUAUGUUUGUACUUUGCAAACUUGUAGCUGACACUGUAUUAGGAAGCUAGGCCAGUUACCACUGUUUGCGUGUACCACCCUUGAAGGAUGAUGGGGGCUGCAGAUGGACUGGCUGCAGCAUAAU